AAGAAGCAGUGGGCAAGAAGGACUACAGUCUGAAGACUUAACAAUGAAUUCUCUCUAUUUUUGGCUCUCUGCAUUCAUGUCAGUUUCAGUUCGGGGUCAUACGGUUUCUGAUAAGGGUUGGUCACUGACAAUCGCGGAUGGAGUGAGGGCUGAGGAAGGAGGCUCCGCUGUCUUACCCUGCAGCUUCACCCACCCUGACACUCACCUCACACUCACCGGCUCUGUCAUAUGGAAAAAAUAUAAAAAAGGUGCAAUCUUUAAGUGUAUAUAUCCUGGUCCAGACCAUUCCCAGGGUGAGCUGUGUGAGAAUGUGAGACAGCGGGACGGUGGGAAUCGAUUCAGAUUCGUGGGGAACCUCAGCAACAAAGAUGCCUCAAUAAUGAUGGAGGGACUGAGCCGGGAGGAUGAUGGUUCCUAUCGGUGUCGUGUGGAGCUCAAUAUCGGCAAGUUUGGAACUCGGAGAGGAACAGGUCUGGAAGUGGAAGCUGCUCAGGGAAAUGUCUCAGUGGUGAGUGGGACAGAGGGAGAUUCAGUUACUUUACCCUGUAUCUUCAGGAGCUGGGACUCCCACACCCUGACCACUGUUACCUGGAUGAGGAAGGAGCCCUACCAACGCAUCGUUACAUUUACAGCCCAAUCACAGGGAACUUGGACAACUGUACACGGUGGAAAUCGGUACGAGCUCAUCGGGGACCCAGAGGAGGGAAACGCUUCAACCAGGAUAAACCAGCUGAGAGUGAGGGACAAUCACACUUACCUGUGUCUGGUGGAAUACAGAUCAGAACCUGAUUCUCAGUAUCUGAUCCAGAAAGAGACUCAGCUACAGGUCAUACCUGUGAAGGGGCCUGAGCCCACCAUUGUGAUACAUCAACUGAUCAUCUCACUCCUCAGCCUCCUGUUCAUCUUCUUCAUCCUUAUCAUCAUGUUCAUCAUCUUCAGGAAGAAAGGAGGGUACACACAGAAAAUAGAGCAGACCACAUCGUUGAAAAGGAAUGAUCCAGGACCAUCCAGCAUUCCUGCGACUGAUCAGGUCCAACAAACAACUAUUCCAGAUCAGGACAGUUCCAUCCUCUAUGCCGAGAUUGACAGCAACAGAACAGCUCAGCCUGACUCCUGUACCUAUGCCAGCAUCGUGUUUGACAGCAACAGAAAAGGUGAUAAGAGUCUCUUAGUUGCGGAAUCAGAAGACACGGAUGUAACCUAUGCAGCUGUUAUGAACACACAUUAGGAGUGAGUAUUUACUACGGAGAUGGAUUAGAAUUGUUUGAAAGCCAAGGAUUGUUUAAGGAAUACUGUAUGUUUUUGAAAGCAAGUAUCCUGACACUCAUUGUAAGUACUGUUUACACAGCUGCUGGGUCAGACGUAGCAGAAGGUGCAGACGAGCUGGAGACAAGGGCGUGUACAAAUGGAGAUUCAGCUGGCAACAAGUAUCUGAUUGGCCUUUGUACUAAUGACUAGUAAUCAAUGACAAAAACUUUGUGCUGCCAGCAAUGAUGUGAUUGCUUCCCAGGUAACUGAACAGCUUGUGUUGAUGUGAACAAUAUUGGGAGAAGCCAUCAAGCCAUCACCAGUUCAGGAACUGAUCAUCAUCAGCUCUGUUACCUGCAAUAAAACUUUAACUCUGAGGACACUGAGCUUAUUUUCUUUUCUUUUAGCAGUUGCAAUAAGCUCUGACCUUUGAUAAAUAAGUCAGGCCAAUUAUAAGCCACCCUGUGUCUCGUGUAAACCAAUGACAACAUCUGCACAUGGAAGAUGGAGAAAGAGAAGGAAGUAGCAUUCUGAUCACAAGCAUCAUCUCAGCAGAUCCUGUGAACUGGGACCACUGAAACUGCUUUCUGUGUUUUCCUUCAAAUCAAAGAUGAAUGUUUCAUUCCUGUCUGUAUGUGUAUGUGUGCGCACUUAAGGGGAAUUCGUUCAUGAGGAUCUUAGAGUUUUAACAAGUGUCAAUGGUUUGUCAUUAUUUCUCUGGAAUUCGCAUCUAUUUAUUUGUGAAAAAUAGUAAUCUUUGUAAAUCCAGAAACGUAGUCUGUGCUUCUUGGCAAUCUGGGUCGAAAACUCAGUUGAAGUGGAGAAUUUUGUGAACUUCUAUAAAAUCUCCCAACUUUUGUGACGACCUUGGGAAUAGUGAGGCUUGAUUUCCAAAAUGCUACCUCAGUGAGAUGUAAAAAGAUCCAUCUAGGUGUAAUAUGAUAUUGACGUAUGCCUGUGGUCUGUCAAUGUAGUUUACAUAAAUAUUAUGUAUCUCUA